AUGCGUACCGCUGCACUACUUUGGUUUGCACCUGCGGCACUAGCCAGCGCCAUCCCUUCCUUCGAAGAGGCUUCUCCCGCUGUCUCAUUCGACAAGAGGCAGAAUGUCUCUCCCAGUUUCCUCGGGGGAAAAAUCCUGCAGGCUGAUUUGUAUGCCGGUGUUGCCGCCAUCAAUCAGCAGAUAUACCAGGCUACUCAGAAGCCUGACCAGUUCAAGAAAUGCAACCCCCUGAACCUCAUUGUUCGCAAGGAAUGGGCGACUUUUACUACAUCGGAGAAGAAUGACUAUGUCAAAGCUGUCCAGUGCAUCUCUAAGCUGCCUCCCAAGACGCCUAAGUCUGAGUGCCCGGGCUGCCAGAACCGAUACGAUGAUUUUGUUGCCACUCACAUCAAGCAAACGUUCUCCAUUCACAACACUGGCAACUUCCUCCCAUGGCACCGUUACUUCACCUAUGCUUACGAGCAAACCCUCCGUAACGAGUGUGGUUACAAGGGCUAUCAACCGUAUUACAACUGGCCACGAUGGGCUGACAACCCGAUGAAGAGCCCCGCUUUGGACGGCUCUGCUACCUCUAUGGGCGGCAACGGUGUUGCAGGAUGCAGCAACCAGACCUUCUAUGGUAUCCCAACCAACGACGCACCUUUGAUCAAGAUUCCCAAGGGCACUGGUGGAGGCUGCGUGACCUCUGGUCCAUUCAAGGAUUGGUCUGUCAACCUUGGUCCAGUCUUCACCGACUCUCUCUGCACUCCUCCUAACCCGAUAACCGACUUUACUGACCCCAACGCGGGACUCGGAUACAACCCCCGCUGCCUGAAGCGUGACAUCUCUGCCUGGACUUCCAGCCAGUGGACCAACGAUGAUAUGGUUGUCAAGCUGCUCAACAGUCCUGACAUGAAGACCUUCUGGUACGACAUGCAAGGUGGCGACCCAGCCUUCACUGAAUUCAUGGGUGUGCACACUGCUGGUCACUUUACCGUGGGUGCCGACCCCGGCUCGGACUUCUUCACUUCUCCUGGUGACCCAUGGUUCUACUUCCACCACGGCCAAAUUGACCGCGUAUGGUGGUCGUGGCAGAACAUGAGCCCUGCCGACAGGACCAACGCCAUCUACGGAACAAUUUUCCUCGGUGACCCUACCGCACCGGCGACCAAGCUCACCGACAUCAUGACCCUCGGACACGCUUACCCUGGAAACAUUACUGUUGGUGAUGCAAUGAGCACUAUGGGAGGACCCUUCUGCUACACCUACAUCUAA